UGGGACAAGCAAUACCACCCCACCAUAGUGCUAUAUUGGCUGUAACAUUGGCAAUCAAGAAGCUGGCAGACUCACCUAUAGAAGCAUCAAUUGCAAUUGAUCAAUUUACAAGAACAUUCAGCAAAAAAGAGAAGUUAUUUGGAUCACUAGAGGCUCGAUCCUCGGCACUUCGUGUUGAUGCUAAUCCUGCUGAUUGGUGGACUUCAUACGGAGGGCAAUGCAAAGAAUUACAGAAAAUUGCUAUUAAAAUUGUUUCACAAUGUUGUUCAUCUAGUGGUUGUGAGCGUAACUGGAGUACGUUUGCUCUAGUCCAUACUAAGUUGAGAAAUCGCUUAGGCUAUGAGAAGCUAGAUAGGUUAGUUUAUGUCCAUUAUAACUUAAAGCUUCUCAUCCAACAAUUUGAACUUGACAACCCCCAAGAAAAGGAGAUAGAUCCAUAUAGUGUGAUGAUGGAUGUUGUUCUUUUUGAUGAAAAUAAUCCAAUCUUAGAGUGGUUCAGCAACUCUAGAUCUGAGUCUAGACCACUCCUUGAUGAAUAUGAUGAUGACAAUGAUGAUUGGGAUGCACCUGGCAGUUUUCUCAUUGAAGAACUGCAAAUGAGUAAAUCAGAUGUGGCUGCAUUCAAAAGGAAUCUUGGUUUUGAUAAAAAUAGCAGAGGGAAGAAACCAAUGAGUCAAUUAGAUGAGGAAGAAGAGUUUGAAGAUGACUAUGAGUCAGAAUCUCCACAUGGUAGUCCAUUGUAUGAUGAGCCAUGGGAUAUUUGUUCUGAUGAUGAAGGAAACAACUCAGGCGGGGUUGAUUGCUUGGAAGAUAAAUCAGGUAGUGAUGUCGGCAAGAACAAAUCAGAUUGUACUGAAGGCGGAGGUAGUGGUAGUAGAGGGGGCGCCCUUGGUGCCAGUGCGUCUGCUCCUACUAGGGCAGUGCCUAGUCUUCCACAAUCGACCCAUAUUCGUCCAAGAUCAACUAGAAAAAGAAAGCCAACACACAAGAGCGUUUAUGAUCUAUAAAAGGAUGUGGAAGAGAAAUGACCACCGGAACAUGACACACUUUUGGAUAACAUUAUCACUUUUGUUGGAGAUUCUUAUUUUGGAAAGCAUGAAUUGAUUUUCAAGUGCUUUUGUUGAUGACAUGUGCUUGAAAAUGUACUAUUUUGAAUUUCUAUUAUUUUGAUAAACUAUGCUAUAUGCACUUAUCAUAUUUGGACACUAGGUGGUUUGUGGUUUGAUGCCAAUGUGCCAUGAAUGUUGUAAGUUGUGAUACUUAGUCAUAUUUUUAUCUUAUAUAUGUGCAAUUGUGAUGUCAGAUGUAUUAGACAUA